AUGAUUGAAAAUUACAUCACUGGUAAUAGUAUUGGGAUUUGUUCUUUCGAGUCGAUUCUGUACUUUGCUCGUUGCACUUCAUUUUCAAAUCGUUCUCAACGCACGGACAAUCGUCGUCAAAACACACCAGUUACCUAUUGCGAGUGCUUCAACCGAAAAUAUUGCCCAGAACUAAUCUCAAGGAAGACAGAUCGGACGACUCUAUUCGGGGCGUUAUUGCCGACAACUUCUGGUUUUCUGCAUCUGAUUCAUCCCUACAAGGAUCUAAUCGCUGACAAACUCCCUUUUCUCAAACAUUUAUUCAACACUUCGUACUCAGUACAAACAGCCUUUCAAUAUUCAAUCCGAUUUCCAACAACAAAUCAACAUGCAUAUCUUGAAAAACUCAAAAUCGAACUUCUGACAGAUGAAGUCGAACCAUUCUUCGCUGUCGAUCUGGAAGAUGUUUGUAACAAACACAUCCGAUGGAUAACUUCAAUGCCUCGCGUUGCACCACACUAUGCCGUGAAAUGCAACGAUGAUACCAACGUGAUCAAAUUACUUGCCAAUCUCGGCGCAUGCUUCGAUUGUGCAAGCAAAGGUGAAAUAAAGAAAGUCAUGGACUUAGGCGUAUCCGCUGAUCGUAUUAUCUAUGCUAAUCCAUGUAAACAAUCUUCAUAUGUUCGUUAUGCAAAAGAAGUCGGCGUUGAUACAAUGACAUUCGAUAACGAACAAGAAUUAAUGAAAAUCAAACAAAUUUAUCCAAAUGCUAAACUCGUUUUACGACUGGUAACCGAUGAUUCGAAUGCUGUUUGCCGAUUUUCCAUGAAAUUUGGUGCCGAUAUGAAUACAGCACGUCGUUUACUCGAGAGAGCUCAAGAAAUUGAUAUGGAAAUUAUUGGUGUCAGCUUCCACUGCGGUAGUGGCCAAAUGACGAGCAAAGCUUUUGUUGACGCUAUUCAAAAUGCCCGCGUCAUCAUGAAUUACGGACAAAAGCUGGGCUUCAAUAUGAAACUAUUAGAUAUUGGAGGUGGCUUUCCAGGCAAUUCAGGCACCGAGGAAUACUUUGCAGAAAUUGCUGUUGCUGUCAAUCGAGCACUCGACGAACAUUUUCCAACAGAAGAAAAUGUCCGUAUCAUCGCUGAACCAGGACGAUACUAUGUUGCGUCUGCUUAUUCGUUAGCAACGAAUGUCAUCGCUUCGCGUGAAAUGGUUGAUCCAGAAUCAGGUGAAACAAAAUAUAUGUAUUACAUCAAUGAUGGCGUCUAUGGUUCAUUCAAUUGCGUUCUUUACGAUCAUUAUGUGCCAGAACCAUGUUUUCUUCCUCAAAAUGAAUCCAACGAAAAAUUUACAUCUUCAAUCUGGGGACCAACUUGCGAUGGUCUCGAUUGCAUUCAUACAUCCAUUCAAAUGCCAAAAUUAAACAUUGAAGAUUGGGUUCUAUGGAAAGAUAUGGGCGCAUAUACAAUUUCUGCAGCUGUUCAAUUCAACGGCUUGCCAUUCGGCAAACCCAUCUAUUUCAUGUCCAAACAAUUCUGGGAUCAAGUCAAACAAGCAUUCGAAACACCAGCACGAAAAGCUCGUAACGAUAAUCAUUUCAUUCGUUUGAAUUCAACUGAUUGUUCAAACGAAGUUGAUGAUGAUGAGCUACCAUGGAUACCCGAAGAUUUGUCAGAAGAAGCACUUGUUACAAUCCAGUAA